AUGGCUCACCACCAGCACAGUGACUCACGAAGAGGCCCAACGCUCUAUCACUUUUUGAAAAUGGUCUUCUCUACGGAUUCACCCACACUUUCCGCUGGCCAGGAUGUCGAGGUGAUAGACGACGGCGACGAACCUCCCGAUCGACACCCUGCGCAUCAUAUAUCCCCCGCUCACUCUAAUGCUGACCGGGUCUAUGUCAAGUCGCCCCCGACGAUGAUGGAAAGAAAAGAGUCUCUUCUCACCCGUGCUCUCUUGAGAAGCCCGGAUCUCGGUCCAACUGACCGCAGCGACAAAGCUUCUUAUCCCAUCAGCAAUGCUAGCGGCCACUCCACCGCUGAGCUGACUAGCGAUGGCGACCUCACAAGCCCAGCCUACUCUAACACCUCUAGCCCGCCACAUCUUCAAACCCUACACUUAUCCCAAAUUAUUGAACCCAAAAUCGUUGCCCCGCCAUCGGAUCCCAGCGAAUCUAAAGUGGAGGCUGAUUUAGGCCGAAAACGUUGCAUUAGUUUUGCCUGUGCGCGCCGGGCAGAUCGGCCAAAAGAAUCCGAAAAGAAUAAUGCUCUUGACAAGACAAACGUCAGCGACGAGCCGCCAAAGCGCAAGACUACUCUUACUUUUGCCUGCCCUUCCCGUAACAGUGAUACCAAAUUUUCGACCCCAUACCGAAGAUCUGCCUCGCAGUCUCGCCCUCGCGGCUCUCCUGCCCCAGCAUCUCGCCAUCGCAUUUCGAACCAGGAUGGCCCAGCUCACAGUCCAUCUACCAAGGAAAUUUCGGCUGGCAAAGCCUCAAAGAAACCCGGCAGUAUUCACACAAGUGGGUUGGGGGAUUUCCAGCCGUCAGAAGAGACUCGCUUUCAUGAAUUUGCGAGCUCUCUCGAAGAAGUCGACGAGUGGAUGGUGGGCCCGACUGAACAUAAAGAAAAGAUUACGUUGAACGACUGUAUGAAGAAAGAAAACGCUAUCCGACGACUGGGCGAAGAAGCUGAAGCUGAAGCUAUUGAGGAGGAAGAAGAGGAAGAAGACUUAGCAGAUGGCGACGAUGACGGCGAGACCAUUCAUGAUUUCUCUUCCGACGACGGCAACGAGUCCGAUAAUGAGGCGGGCUUCGCUGAUUCGGACGAUGAGAGUGAUGACAACUCGGAGUAUGAAUUUUGGGCACCAUCUACAACAACCGCCGCCACGAGUGCCGAUAAUAUGGAUUUCGUACGUUUAGAUACCGACCGUCGGAAUUCAAACACGUCUUUGGAGUCUCUGAAGCGUGAUACCGAACAUUCUCGUUUCUCAGCUCCUUCUCAGAUAAAAAAAGGUCGUCGCCCUAUCAAUAUCCCAAGGACUGAAACACCAGAUCUUCCAGACAGCACUGAUUUUGUAUGUGGUACGCUUGACGAAGAUCGCCCUCUGGAGGCUGCAUAUAUCUCCGCCAUGGAAGAACGUCGUCGAAAGAAACACGUUCCCAUCCCGCAGGAUAUUGAUCCCAGCUUUCCAGCCACAGACCCGGAAGAUCAAGAGGAUGAUGAUUUAGAAGAAGAAAAUGCCGAAGACGAAAUUAUGGAGGCUGCUGCCAAGAUUGAGGAGGAGCUUUUACGGGGCCGACGCAAAGGACCGUCAAGAACCUCACCGCGCAUCUCUCCUCGACGCGUCCAUUCUCCAGCCCCACGCAAAGCUGGCCAAAUUUCGCCCAAACGGUUGAAAUCACCGGCGCCCAAGUCCGCUGCUACUGGUGGGGUCAACUUACCUGUCCUUGCGGCUCCUGUUCCAGCAACUGGUGUCAACAUCACCGGCCCAGUACGGCGGCCUCAUUACAGUCGUACGAAAUCUCUACCCAGGACUCCAAACCCGUUCUUUCUAAGGCUUGAAAAAUCGAGGCAGUCGAUUACGCAAGCGUCAUCGCGUUCUUCCUCGCCAGAACGAGCAAUUUCACGCGGCCGCGAACUUCACACGCGCGGUCCUAUCGAUAUUAUCCAAGGUCUUGAGCGUAAGCGACAGAAGCGCAAGGAAAAAUUCUGGCGCCAACAUUGUCGCAAGACUGCCAAAGAACAAACAGAGCGCCGUACGAAACAUGGCAAGGGUGCCGAGCGUAUGAAAGAACUUGGUCUUGAGGUUGCCGAGCGCUUCAAAGCUUACGGUGUUACCAAAGAUACCCAGCUUGUUCUAUCUGUCUAG